AUGGAGGACUUUCAAUCAGAAACGGACAGUGACUACACGAGUUACUGGCGAGAUUGGUUCAUAUCAUCUCGUGGCAACGAAUACUUCUGCGAGAUCGACGAGGAAUACAUCACAGAUCGAUUCAAUCUGACCGGCCUUAACACGGAGGUCCACUACUACCAACAUGCACUCGAUCUCAUCACCGACGUCUUCGAUCUCGACUGUGAAGAUGAUAUGCGUGAAACGAUUGAAAAGUCUGCUCGACACCUGUACGGCCUCGUCCACGCACGAUACAUCGUGACAACUCGUGGACUAGCUAAGAUGGUCGACAAGUUCAAGAAAUCCGACUUUGGCCGGUGUCCACGAGUACUUUGUGACAGCCACCCUCUACUCCCGUUCGGACCCAGCGACAACCCAGGCUUAAAGAGCGUGAAACUCUUCUGCGCCAAAUGCGAGGACAUCUACAACCCCAAAUCUUCACGGCACGCCGCCAUCGAUGGCGCCUACUUCGGUUCCAGCUUCCACAACAUCCUCUUCCAGGUUUAUCCGGCGCUCGUGCCCGUCAAAACCCGCAGACGGUACGAACCCAAAGUAUUCGGAUUCCGCAUGCACGCGGCAGCAGCACUGGGACGAUGGCAGGAUGGCGAACGAAGGGAGAUGCGUACGCGGCUGAAGGAAGCAGGCGUGAUCGCCGAAGGCGCACAGCUGUACAUUGAGGACGCGGAGAGCAGCGACGGCGAAGGCGACGACGACCCGGAAGAUCUGGAAGACAACAACGGCGACAGCCGCAUGGGCGGCGGCGUUCAGACAGGCGGCGACCCUGAGCAGAUCCGCGGCCCUGCGUAG